AUGUUGGCUCUGCGACCUUCCCGAAUUCUCUGCAGCCUGGAGCUGAGUGACGUCGGCAAGUCAGGAGGAGGGCCUCCCGGGAUCGGGCCCUGGCGGCCAGCAGGGUCUAAUUUUGUCUUCAACUUGUACCAAAUCCGGAACAUGAAGGAUCUGGAGAUGGGUCCACCCUUCACCAUCAGUGCGGAUGGCGGCUCCAUGAAGUUCUCCAACAGGUUGGUCUGA